GUGGUGCCAUAGCUGUGCUGUAGUAAAAAUGGCUAAUUUUCACCUUCUCAUUCUAGUUUAUUUUUUGCAAAUAGUUUUUUCCUUUCUUGGCUUUCUGAUGUUGCUGUUCCAAAUUAUAAGGAGGCCUUUCUCCUUCUACAAGACUAAGUCGAGAAAUGUUCCUCCAGCCUGUUUAUCGGAUCCUUCUCAUGGGACACACGAGUAUAUAACAGCUAAUGGUAUCAAGUUUCAUUGUGUGUCUAAAGGAGAUCCUAGUAAACCUUUAAUGCUCUUUGUUCAUGGCUUCCCUGAGUUUUGGUUUUCAUGGCAAUAUCAGUUGAAAGAAUUCUGUAAUGACUAUCGUGUGGUUGCCAUUGACAUGAGAGGAUAUGGUGAAACAGAUAAACCUGCUGGUGUACGCAAUUAUACUAUAGAAAUACUAAAGGAAGAUAUUGUACAACUGAUUAAAGUGCUCAGCCCUGAUAGGAAGUGUAUACUUGUUGCUCAUGAUUGGGGAGGAGUUGUCUCAUGGAGAGUUGUUCAGAAUCAUCCUGAACUCUUUCAUAAGUUUAUUGUAAUGAACUGUCCUCAUGCAAAGGUAUAUAGAAGGGCUAUCACUAAAGGAUGGAAGCAAACACUGAAGUCUUGGUAUAUAUUCUUUUUUCAAUGUCCAUGGAUACCAGAGAUGUUGCUAGCUAUAAAUGACUAUGCUGCUUUUGAUGACAUGUUUAAGAAAGGUUUGUUUCUUAAUAAAGAUUUUUCUGAUGACAUGGUUGAGGCAUUCAAAUACACAUUCAGUCCAAGGAGGAACUUGACUCCACCCAUCAAUUACUAUAGAUGCAUGUUCAUGAGCUCUAACAGAAAGCAUUCGUAUUCAUCACAGAAAAUUGAAACUCCCACCCUCUUGAUAUGGGGUGAGAGAGAUUUGGCUCUUGAUAUGUCUCUCUCUGAUAAGAAGGAAUACAAUGAUAUCUGUACUGACAUUACCAUAAAACGUAUCCCUGGUUGCAGUCACUUUGUUCAACAGGACUGUCCCCAUUUAACUAACCAGCACAUGAGGGAGUUCCUGGAGCAGUAAUUUGAGUGACUAAUCUCAACAUUUAUGAUAACUACGUUAUAAUAGUGCAUGUGUUUUUUGACUAACAAUAAUUAUGUAGAAACUGUUCACUGCUGCUAUCUUAAAUUUGCUCAUACAUGUACUACAUUAUUUCAUGUGACUAUUGCUAAAAUUAAUAAUAAUUGCUAAAAAUAGUUAUUAUCAAUUGUUAAAGUGCAAA